GUCUCAUUUUCCAACGCUUAUCUAGUGCGUGUUUGCUCCUUGCCGGCUCUGCCACCAAGUGCUGUCAUACAAACACCUAGAGGACGAGACCAGGUAGACGAGGGUGAAGACGUGACGUACGCAUGCAACCCUGGGCACGAGUUGACAUCCGGGUCUCUUACAAGAAGAUGCCAAAGCGAUGGAGAAUGGAGCUUACAGGCCCCAGUUUGCAAGAUCUCCUGUGGUCGGCCUGAAGAUGCCUCGAAUGCCGACAUGGUCGUGGCCGGGACAAUUGAGGGAGACUCUGUGAGGUACAGCUGUCAUCCAGGGUACGAGAGGACGACGGGUAACCUGGAGCGGUGGUGCGUGUCGGACGGGCGGUGGAGCGGCGAGCCCCCGCGGUGUAUGAAACAGUGUGAUGACCCCGGCAUGCCGGCACAUGGCUCACGACUCUGGGAAGGAGAGCCACAGCGGGAGGGCUCUGCUGUCGUCUAUCGAUGCAACCCUGGGUACGAGCUUGUUGGGGACGAGAGGAGGGAAUGCCAGUCCUCUGGGGACUGGACGGGAGAACUGCCCCAGUGUGUCAUGGCAACAACCUGUGACGAUCCCGGCGACGUAGCUAACGCGGACAGGAGCGUGAUAGGAUCGGAACCGCCGACGUUCCUGACCGGGACAAGGGUAGUCUUCAGCUGCCGCCCUCCCCGCCGGAUCGUCGGACAAGCCGAGAGGAGAUGUCUGUCCAACGGCACCUGGACCGGCCAUCAGCCCGUCUGUACCAAAUUCGCAGUGUGCCAGGAUCCUGGAACCCCUCUGAAUGCCAUAAGAAAGAUUCUACCACCUGCACAGGGUCAGUCUGGCACACCCAGAAGGAGAGUUAACAGUCGACUCCUGACUUUCUUCGGCCUGCGUCCCCUGAGUCACGUGCCCGCUGAGUCCCCGGCGCAGCCCUCCGCGGAGGGCUCGGGUGACGAUGCCGCUGGUGGCGACCCCGAGCCGCGGAACCUGCCUCCGGGUCACUACAAACUCCACACCCGCCUGGUGUACAGCUGCGAGUCCCAGUUCUACAAACUGUCCGGACCUUCUCAGAGAACGUGCCUGAGUCACGGGCAGUGGAGCGGCAGGCAGCCCACAUGUUUACCAGUUUGCGGCAAGAGUCCUGGCGCCAAGACUCCGUUUAUCUUCAACGGUAACGUGAGUGCGGAGGGGCAGUGGCCGUGGCAGGCAGCCAUUCUCAGGAACGUGCAGAACUCAACAGGGCACAUCUUCUUUUACCUGAUCUGUGGCGGCGCCGUCCUGAAUGACGAGUGGAUCAUCACGGCUGCGCACUGUGUGACCUUCCCCGACAGUAGCGCUGUGAUCAACCUGGACAACAUCAAGGUCAAAUUGGGCAAGUUCUACCGCGACGAGGCGCUGGACGACGACUAUGUCCAGGAGUUUGAGAUUGCUGAGAUCCACGUCCAUCGGCAGUUUGAACCGUUCACGCUGGACAAUGACGUGGCCCUGCUCCGACUGUCUAAGAGAGCCACCCUGACGGACCGGGUCCGGCCUGUCUGCCUCCCCACAAGACAGACCACACAGAGACACCUGAGAGCCGGCUCGGAGGGAGUGGCGAUCGGCUGGGGCACCACAGAGACCGGGGAGGUGGCGGCACAGCUGAAGCACGCCCGUGUGCCGGUCAUCGACUCCGACACGUGUGAGGAAGCCUACGCCGAGAAGAAUAUCGGGCUGACGGUUACCAGGAACAUGUUCUGCGCUGGAUACGAGGAAGGAAAGGUUGACGCAUGUGCUGGCGACAGUGGCGGGCCCAUCGUGUUCCAGACCGGGGAGGGAGAAGAGAAGAGAUGGGUGUUGGAGGGGUUGGUGAGCUGGGGGAGCCCCGAGGGCUGCGGCUUGCCCAUGCAGUACGGCGGCUACGUCAAACUCUUCAAAUUUGUCCGCUGGAUAAAUAGCUUCAUUUGAUCCAUGGGAAUGCAUGAUCCAGGGAAGGGAGGGGGUAUGUUCGUGUACUCAGUACUCAUGGUUGGUUUAUACCUGAUGUCUAGGAAUAAGCACUACGGAUAACAUUCGGAUUCAAAACAGAUCGUUUAUUUUUCCAAGAAGGCACAUGUAGCAUCCAGAAUAAAAUGACGUCCUCAAUGUACGUAACAGCGUUUAUCAAUCGCACCAUGGAGAUAUUUUGAAGCUAGAGAAUAUCUUAAAAAUGUAGCUUUUCUCAUAUAGAACAAGCUGUACACAUAAUUUUUAUAUUCUUGCUCAAUAAAACACUACCAUGAUUUA